ACGGGAAGCCAUUUAAGAUUGAGGUGAGGAAAAUGUCUUUAUUCUGAGAGAAUCUCUAGACUGCUUUAUAAAGAGAGAUGGAUAAAUAACGGGGCAUUAGAGGACUCCCAACGAUCUAGGGAUUGUGCAGCUGAGGUGGGCAGUCAGUCACGAUCUGAUGAAUACCAGAGCAGAUUUAGGGGGGCUGGCUAGCCUCCCGUCCCUUUUUCCUGAUUUAAUUACUGCCGGCGGCAGCAGCAGCAGCAACAUCUGCACAUCUGCCCAAAUAGAGGUAACGCAAUGGUCAGUCAGUUCCUUCGCUUCGUUGUUGGGAGACUGUGAAAUCGAGACCCAUGCCAAAGACCGCAGCAUCCUGCAGAUUCCCUGCCGAACCAAUCAUCCAGGGGUUUCAUUGUCCAGUCAAGGUCACAUCAGUGGGAGUUUAACCCAAGCUCUCGUUCUUCUCCUCCCCCGGGAGCUUCCCAGGCCGUGGGUUCCGAGGUCACUGGUGCGGCCGAUGUGGGAACCACGGAUAACCCCACAAAUAAGGCAGGAAAGUUGGUGGGGGGGGCAGGGAGGGAGGCUUCUGAAAUGGUGUUCUCGUUCCAUCUCUGCGCACUCCAGAUGCACGCCCAGAAUCCGUGUCUGGCUCCAGUUGGAGUAACCGGGACCGAGAUUGCCCCGAGUUCGUGGAACGAACCCGGCGGCAGAAGCCAAGCCCCGCCCUUUGUACGCUGAUUGGCUGAGAGCCCGGCGUUACUGAUUGGUCCAGACGAGAGUCGACUUUGAUCGACAGGGAAGGCCUGGUCGAAGCAGCCAAGCCUCGGUCUCAAUUAUCGCUCGAUGCGGCGCGAUGACGGAGCCAUCGAUGGAAGAGAUAUGCCCGGACUGGGGCGACGACGAGCGCAUGGCCUUCCUCUUCUCAGCCUUCAAGCAGAACCGCGAGGUGAACUGCUCGGACUGGGACAGUAAACUCGCCUUCUGGACGGCGCUGAUACUGGAAGCAUCGCGCCGGCGGGGCCGGAUCGGCUUCACCCUGCGGGAGCUUGAGGUCUGGUUCCAGCGGAAGGGCUCAUCACCUCUCGGCCUUGACACUGUGGUGCAAGACAUGACCAGACGAGGGCUGAUUCAGAAGGAGUCGAGCUUAGUGGCAAGUGUUGAUGCUGGCUGGCUGGCAUGGGGUGUGGGGCUGUUCCUGAUCAAGCCCUUAAAGUGGACGCUCUCCUCUUUCCUGGGAAACAGUACUGUUUCACCUGAUGAAUCGUUUAUUGUUAUUGACCGAAUAAAGGAAAAGGCGGCUGACGUCUUAAAACUUUGCCAUAAUUUCCUGGACAAAUCACAUCCCGUGGCAGCUUUCUCAACACUGCAGCAAGUGUGCCAGACUGUGUGCGAGGACGAGAAGACCUUCUGUGUGUGUCUGCUGCAGCUCCAGAAAGAAAAGAAAGUCACGGUCGUUGAACUUGAUGGUGAUAAGAUAGUGAAGUUCACCCACCCUGCCAGCAGCAAAGUUUUGGCAGUAACUGAGGUCGACAUCGGCGUGUACCACUUGGUGAAUUGUGAGAAGAUGUUAUCACAGAAAGCAGAAACACUUUCCCAGGAGGCUGAAAGUUACAAGGAGGAUGCAAGGAAGCAUUUAAAGGCUGGUAAAAAGAAUUUGGCGCUGAAAUCUCUAAAAUUGCGGAAGAGAACAGAUAAACGGCUGGAGGAUAUCCACGCAAAACUUGAUAUGAUUCAGACUAUCCUCGAUCGCAUUCACUCUUCCCAGACUGAUGUAAAGGUUGUUGAAGCUUAUCAGGCGGGGCUCGGAGCUUUGAGGCAGUCAAUGAAAGAUGUGAAUGUAGAGAAAGUUGAGAACCUGAUGGAUCAGAUUGAACAGUUCUGUGAAACACAGGAUAAUAUCAACUGGACUUUGGCUGGUGAAAAUGUUGCCGAAAUAGGAGGUGUUAACAUGAGUGAGUUGGAAGAUGAAUUGAACGCUCUCUUGGAAACCACACCGGAGAAAAUUCCUGUCCUCCCAGAUGUGCCAGCCAGACCACUUCCUGUGUCUCCCAGUUAUGACCUGCUGGAUGCUGAGCUGGAGGCAGAGUUCAGUAAGCUGUCUGUUAAAGGUUGUGCGACUGAAGGAGGAAAAGCUGCUAUGUCACUGGAACCUGCACAAUAAAUUCUGCUGCUAGAUCCCAGAGCAAUCGCUCCCUCACAUACGUCCUGAAUAACUAGGAAGCCAGUGACAUGUGAUAACUGUUGCAGUCAGUACUGGAGAAAUCUUCCAUUCUUCCUGGUUUGCUGUGGGAUCUUGCAUAAAUGGUAGGUUCUUUUGCCCCGAAGAAGAGAUCUUGAGUCAUCUGGGGAAGAGGAGAACUUUUCGGGUCCAUCUCCUUCAGGAAACAUUCAUUCAUUGAUUCUAUAUUGACCACUUUGGCCCAAAAUCGGCAGAUGUGGGUGCCGGGUCAGGGGCCCAUUAUUGUGGAUGAUGUUUAAGGGUUCUUGGAGGGAGGAAGGGGGCUUGUUGCCCUGAUCAGCUGCAGACUGCAGUGAUCUGAUAUCAAGUUGCAUUUCUCGCCGCCACUCCUGCUGCUAAAUAGUAGUUGGGGGAACAUUGAUGAGAGCAAACCAAGGAAAUUGACUGUCCUGUGGCAUUUGAAGAAGUAGAUGUUCCACUGGAUGUUAUCACAAUGGCAUUAUUUAACACACUGUACCUGUCCCAGUCUUUGGAAUGAGUUCAGUCCAUUAAAUUUGAGAUGCUGCUGGACUUCCAACUUGGUCUGCAGGACAUCAGUGUGAGGGUGAAUAUAUCAAGUCCUUGGAAAUCUACCACAUUAGUAUCUGGCAGGGAUCCAGGUCUGAGGGGGAGGUUUGAAAGGACUGGAUUUUCUGGUACAUCACGUGAACCUGUUUGUCAUGUGCGUGAAAGAUUUCCCUAGAAAAUUACUUCCGUUGUCUUCCCCAUCUCUGGUUAACUCUGGAUAGAAUUAUGAAGGUGUAUUUUGGUCAAAUUCAUCUAGACUUUUCAAUUUUUCUUUCCCUGCAGUUGUGAAUUGUGUGUGUUGUGUGAGAAGCCCUCGAGGUAUUUAAGAGGACAGCCAGGGUGUGUAGAUCUGUGAGGAGCAGCUGGGGAGAUGGUUAUCCUCACCUUGAGCUGGCUCCUGCUGUAUUUUUCAUUUACAAAUUGUACAGUCCUUGUUGUAAAUCUGUUUGUACAUGUGUUUUGGUAGAAUAUAUUACUAGCUAAAUGUCUGAAAUGUAGAUGAUCUUGAAACCCUUUUAUUGCCUGUUUGAAAUUUAAAAAAAAAUAGAUGUGUGCGGUUUCCCUUUGAUCUCCCUUUUGUGAAAUAACCAAUGGUGUACUUCAAGCUCAGAAGUGUCAGUGUAGUGGCUGGAAUCAGAAAACGGUAACCCAGUGUUAUGGCAAAGGUGUCAUUCUCAGCAUGGUAUUAUUUUAACUAGAAGUUCCCUGGAAAGAGUAACAAGAUAAAAGAGCAAGUGGAAUUUCCUAAAAUAAAGUAAGUUGUAAAAUUGGAUAGUUUUUCAAGAUGUAGAUCAUUCUUUCAAAAAUAAAUGUGUUAAUUUAUGAUCAAUUAAGCUCUUCAGAAGAGUUAUCAUUGAUAGAAGGCAAAGGGGAUUGAAGAUAAUUGAUAGAGAUGUUCUGUCCACUGGUAGUCUGACCUGAUCAAUCCCUCCACAUUCACUAGUUGUGCUUUCCAUGUGUUGUGUCUCUAACAGCCCUCUUUAACUCGUCAGUAAGCUCACUUAUCACCAUGACAAACUGGGUGUUGUCUUGCCCAAGAGUCUCCCAUUCCUUUCCCACCCACUCUGCAACUUAACACUAACCUUGUUCAGUCUGACAGAGGGCCUUUCACCUAAAAUGUAGACUCCCUCUUUCCACAGAUCUACCUGACCCAGUGAGUGAUUCCAGCAUUUUCUGAUUUGAUAUAACAUCGUUGCUGGGUUUUUUUGCUCAGUGGGUGUGGAUAUCUGAGGAAGGGGAAACAUUUUUACCCUCACUGGGCAUUAGAGAAGGGCAGGUUAGUUUCCCGUUGCUCCUUGAGCAGCUCUUAGAGUCAUAAAGCACAGAAAUAGGUCUCUGUCCUAUUUUGUCUGUAUUAUUCUGCCUAUGCUCCAUUGACCUGCACCUGGACCAUAAGGUGUCUACACCUUCCCAUGCAUGUACUUACCUAAAUUUCUCUUAAAUGUUGCAAUCGAACCCACAUCUACCACUUUGACUGGCAGCUCACUCCACACCCUCACCAUCCUCUGAGGGAAGAGAUUCCCCUCGUGUUCUCCUUAAAUAUUUCACCUUUCACAUUUAACCUAUGACCUCAAGUUCUAGACUCACCGGACCUCAGAAGAAAAAGCUUGCUUGCAUUUUCGCUCUCUGCACCCCUCAUAAUUUCGUAUACAUCUAUGAAAUCUCCCCUCAUUCUCCUACGCUCCGGGAAUAAAGACCUAACUAUUCAACCUUGAGCAACAUCCUUGUAAAUUUUCUCUGUACUCUUCCAAUCUUAUCCAAUCUCUGUACCCUUCCUGCAGGUAGGCGAACAGAACUGCUCACAAUACUCCAAUUAGGCCUCAGCAACAUCUUUUACAACUUCAACAUAAUAUCCCACUGCCUGUACUCCAUACUUUGAUUUAUGAAGCUGUUGUGCCAAAAACUUUCUUUAUGUCCCUACCUAUUUGUGAUGCCACUUUCAACAAAUUACGGAUCUGUACUCUCAAAUCUCUCUGUUCUACCGUACUUCUUUGUGCAAGCCCUACUCCCAAAGUGCAACAACUCACGCUUGUCUCUGCAUUAAGUUCCACCUGCCAUUUCUUCCAGCAGGUCCAAAUCCCACUGCAAGCUUUGAUAGCCUUCCUUGCCGUCCACUCCACCCCUAAUCUUGGAGUCAUCCACAAAUAUUCUGAAAACAAAAUUACUAACAACAUUUAAUUUUCAAGCAAUCAGCCAAAAGUGAUUCAAGGAUCUGUAGAUAAUAAAGUUCUAUCACCCCUACAUUAUUACCCCUCUUUGCAGCACCCCUUUGAUGUCUCAUUUCCUCCUGCCAUUUGUUCUCUGCCCUACUCCUUUCCUUUCACCCCACUUCCUCUCUCUCUCUCUUUCUCAGCUCUUAAGUUGCACAGGCAAUUCUUGUUUCCUUACAGUAACUGGGAAAUAUAUAAGCAUGUUUUAUAGCAAAGCUCUUGUGUUUAUAAUUUGUGCAAUUUAAUUAAAUAAAUGUAGCUCUCACUGCUAUAGAACACAAGACACAAGGGAUUCUCCAAAUGCUAUGAAUCCUGAGCAACACACACAAAAUGCUAGAGGAAGGCAGCGUCUAUGGAAGUGAAUAACAGUUGAUGUUCCGGCUGAGACUUCCACCAGGAUUGCACAAAUUAUGUUCGGCAAUGGGUGAGAAUCAUUGCAUAGUGCAACAACAUCACCCAAGGACUCAGUGCUCCCAUUUAUUGAAGGUCAUUGGAUGAGCACAUCAAGCCCUUGGAUUACAUUAUUUCAACUGUGAUAUAAAGGUAGACAUAGCAAAUUAUUCACUGAAGUUAAAAGACCACUGAGAAAUUCAGUAAUUGACUUGGUGGGUCACACACUCACGGAGCUGUAUGCAACCCAUUGACUGGUUGCUGAGAGUUGUAUGGUUUCUACUUGCAGCUGAUGGUGAUUUGUGAACUAAGUUUGUUCUUUCUACUAUCAUCUCAUAACAUUUUUAUCUGUAAACUGUACAGCUCGUCAGAGACUACAGCUGAGAGCUUGUAUCAGUAAUGAAUUUUAACCAAGAAUGUAUCUAAGACAUCUUCAAGGAGCGGUGCCUUAGGAAGGCGGCAUCCAUCAUUAAGGAUCCCCACCACCCAGGACAUGCUCUCUUCACACUGUUACCAUUGGGAAGGAGGUACAGAAGCCUGGAGGCACACACUCAGCGAUUCAGGAACAGCUCCUUCCCCUCUGCCAUCCGAUUUCUAAAUGAACAUUGAACCCAUGGGCACUACCCCUCUACUUUUUUAUUUGUUUUUUUGCACUACUUAUUUUUACUAUUUAGUAGACAGGUAUAUACUUUUUUCUUCAGUUUUUUUUCUCCAUGUUUAUUAAUCGUGUAUUUCAUUGUACUGCUGCUGUAAAGUUAACAAAUUUCAUGACAUGUGCCAGUGAUAUUAAUUCUGAUAAGCUUUAGGAACAUAUUGAGGAGCAGUUCCUUCACAGAGGGUGGUGGCCUGAAUUUUGUACGGCAAACAGUGUGGAGGUCGAGUCACUGAGCAUACAUACCAAGAUAAGCAGAUCACUUUUUGGACACAAAAGACAGCAAGGUGUUCAGGGUCAAAAGAGGAAAAUGGUGCAAGUGUCGUAGAGUGGUACAGUAUAGAAAUGGGCUGCUUGGCCCACCACCUCCAUGCUGGUCUUUAUUCCUGUCUGCACUAGCACCUUUUGCCUUGAUUAGGCCCAUAUCUUUCUGUGCCUUGCCUAUUAAAGUGCGUGUCACUUAAACACCAUGACUGUAUCUGAUUACACCACCUCCUCUAGCAGAUUGCCCACAUUGCACUCCUCUCUGCCUGACCUUUCCAACUGAUCUACAUCAUACGGUGACCUUAAACCAUCUUCCUCACUAUCCCCGAUACCACCAACUUCUGUAUCAUCAGCAAACUUACUUAACAUUCAUGCGUCAUUGUUGUUAAUGUUCCCAUUAAUUCCUGAGUUCUUGACUCUGACCUGCAUCCUGUUCCGUGGGUGUCCACCAGCUUUGGCCGGUAUUGUGGCCAUAUGCUAAGCAAUGAGUUACUAAUAAACCUCUGUCUUUCCUCGUACUCUCCAGGAAAAUCAGUCCUAGCCCAUCCAGCCUCUACAGUUAAAAAAUAGUGUUAUUAGAUGAUAGUAGAAAGAACAAACUAGAUCACAAGUCAUCAACAACUGCAAUGAGAAAUGAACCAUCAGCCCCAAGGGCAGCUUCUAUCCCACUGUUAUAGGACUAGUACAAUAAGAUGGCCUCUUGACUUCACAAACUACCUGGUGGUGGCUUUGCACCUUAUUGUCUACCUAACCUCCAUUUUCUCUGUAAAACUUUAUUCUGCAUUCUGUUAGUAUACUGUGUACUACGUUAAUGCAUUGAUUAGAUCUGUAUGAACAGUACACAAGACAGGUUUUUCACUGUACCUUGGUACAUGUGACAAUAAUAAAAUCACCAGUUUACCAUUGUUUUAAUUUCAAGACUGUCUUCAUAUGACAACACCCCCACCAUCUCCCCCCCCCCCCCACCACCUUUCAGGAAGGUAAAAUUCGCUUAAUCUCUUCUCAUUGUGUAAAAGACUGCCAUCCCAAGAAUCACUCUGGUGAACCUCCCCUAUAUUCCCACAGUCAGCGAUGUAUCCUUGCUCAGACAGGGAGACCGCGCCUGUGCACAACAUGGCAGAUGUGAUCGCACUAAGAUCCCCCACGAUCGAUAGCUUCGGAACAUCCCGAGGUUCCAGGGAUUUCAGUUCCUCGGGCAGAUUAAAUAAUAUUGGAUUGUUCUCAUUGGAGGAGGGCACACUGAGAGGUGACCUGCAGGGAGGUUUUCAAAUUUGUGCACAGAGAAGGGUGGUCCCAACAGGAGACUGAUCAAGGACCACACAGAGGUAAAGUGAAUGGAGGAGGAAAAAGCUUUUGUUUUGCACGGGGUGGGGGGGGUGUUUAUGAUCCAGACUGCAGGUGUAAAAGUUUGGUAGGUGGGGAUAUAAUUGUGGCUAUGAAGGAGAACUGGAUAAUCACAGUCACUCCCUCCCCCCGACAGAAGGCCUCUCGUGUCAACGCCAGCUGAACGAAGGGUGACCCAGCCUCUCCCAGUUGCAAGCUCGCAGUCUGCACAGGACUCUUCAACUACACACACAGGUCAUGUCAGAACAUGACAAUUUAUAAACCACUAUGCAUAUCUAUCACCCUCGGGGUGAAACGUGUACCCUCCCAUCUCCGUUAUGGGCCAUGCUUUUUACUUCCUCAGUGAGGAAAAUAGGUCUGUUCGAUAUAUUCUACCAAUGCCUCACUCAAUGGAAUCUCCCCCCAGCCUCUGUCCCAAAAGAAAGCCCAAGCUUGUCCAACUUUUCCCUUGAGAAUGUUUUUCAGUCCUGGCAACAUCCUUGGACAUCUUAUCCUUUCAGGCUUCUGUAUCUUCUUUCUGCUGUUUCUUGCCGACGUAGGCAGAGCACUUGCCAUUCCAAGCAGUGAUGCAAUCCAGAUGGGAUGUUCUCUGUGGUGCUUUGGUAAAAAUUAGGAUCAAAGGAGAUUGUCACAUUUCUUGAGCCUCUUAAGGAAGUAAGAGUGCUGGUGAGCUUUGUUGGUUGUGACAUAUACAUGGUUGGACCAGGACUGGUGAUGUUUACUCCCAGGAACUUCAAAAUUGAAGUGAUCACAUUGACAAAUGCUAAAUUUAUAUAAUUUUGAUGGGAAUUCUCUAUAGUCAGGCCCAUGACUCCAGGUGAAGGGUUAGGGCAUUCAGGACUGUGGGAAGAAGGUAUUCUUUACCCAGAGAGUGGUGACUCUUUGGUGCUGUCAUCAGUACCUGCCAGGGCAAAUGAUGGGUACAUCUUUGUGUACCUUCUUCAAAGGGUAGUCUAUUGGUGAUGGUGCCUGGUUGGGGAGAAUUGCCAUGAGGUUUGUGCUUGUCUGUAUGGUAAAGUAGGAACAUUGGUUAGGGCAAGUCUGUGUUCCAAGCAUUUUGUCAGGAGAAGGACUAAGGUGGAGAGAGCUUUCCCCAAUUCCUUCCUUGUCGGUCCUGCAUGUUUCCCAGUCUGGCAUUGAAGUCACGUAGAAACCUCUCUGCAAUGCAGACCCCAGGCUUCAAGAGGGUCAGUAGAGACCUUGGUCUCAUCCAGAGGUUCCAGCAACAGAGCUGAUGCCCCCCUGGCUGUACUAUGUUGAGUAUGUGUUUGUGUCUGCUGGUCUGCUGACGGUAUCUGCAGUGGAAUUCCCUGAUGCCAGACAAGCUCAUUCUUGAUGUUAUUCCCACUCUGUGAAGUUGUGUUUUUAACAGAGUAUCUGAAGUAAGUGAUGGUCCUGCAGAGGAUGACUCUGGGAAACAGAGAAAUGGCAGAAAUUCGUAAUAACUAUUUUGGAUUUGUCUUCAUGGAAGAAAGCACUAAGAGUAUUCAGAGUCCAAAGUAAGUUUAUUAUCAAAGUACUUAUAUGUCACCAUAUCCAACACUGGGAUUCAUUCUUGCAGGCAUACCCAGUUAAUCCAAGAAGCACAAUAGAAACAGUGAAAGACUGCACCCAAAGGGACAGAGAACCAAUGUGCAAAAGACAACAAAUUGUGCAAAUACUAAAUGAAUGAAUGAAUGAAUUAAUUAGAUGAAUGAAUGUCAAGAAUAUGAAAUGAAGAGUACUUGAAAGUGAGUCCAUAAGUUGUGGGAACAAUUCAGUGACAGGGUGAGCGAUGUUACCUCCUUCGGUUCAAGAGCCUGAUGGUCGAGGAUAAUAACUGUUCCUGAACCUCAUAGUGUGAGUCCUGAGGCUCCUGUACCUUCAUCCUGAUGUCAGUAGUGAGGAGAGAGCAUGGCGUGGGUGAUGGGGUCCUUAAUGAUGGAUACUGCUUUCCUGCAACAGCGCUCCGUGUAGAUGUGUUCAAUGGUGGGGAGGGCUUUACCCGUGAUGGACUGGGCUGUAUCCUCUACCCUUUGUAGGUCUCAGAGAAGGAGGGAGGAAACUGAUCUCUAUUAUCAGAAAUAAAGUAAAAACUAACAGACUGGGCCGUAUGCAGCCGAGAAAGUGGCUAUAGUGAUGGAGAGCGUGUGACUGCCAUCGACCGUACUCAUGUAAGUUCUACAGAGAACAGAAGGAGAGAGAAGAUGGCGGCGCAGCUCUCCAGUGAAACAAUAUCGUAUUUGUAAGUAGGAUGCUGUGCACAAUUCUGAUUUGAUGGAGACAGACGUGAAAAGGCACAGAGGAACAUCUGGAGAAAUUUCUGAAAUGCCCAGUUCGCUCCAAGAAUCUCCGGAGGGAAGGCCCCAAACUCCCCAGCUUUGCCUGCUGCUGGCGACCAAGGCUGAGGUCGAAGCGUUCAGCAGAGAUGGUGCUCGGUACUCGGUGUCGGGGGGCUGAUCGGAGCUCGAAGUUUUCAGACGACUCAAGAGUCGGACUGUGGUCGGGCAUGGCAGGGAGAGUUUUCUUCCUUCUCCCAUCUGCGUGAGAUGUGGGACUUUCGAGAGACUUUAACUUUUUUACUGUGCUCACAGCCUGUUCUUCAUCAAGUUACGGUAUUGUUGCACUGUUGUAACUAUAUGUUAUAAUUAUGUGGUUUUUGUCAGUUUUUCAGUCUUGGUCUGUCCUGUGUUUCUGUGAUAUCACACUGGAGGAAUAUUGUAUCAUUUCCUAAUGCAUGCAUUACUAAAUGACAAUAAAAGAGGACUGUGUGUCCUCAUAAUCUAAUAUUCAGAUAGGGACAUGAAUAUGGGGAAGAUGGAGAGAUACGGACAUUGUGUGGGUAGGAAUGAUUUGUUUUGUUGUUUUUUAUUAUUAGCUAGUCUGGCACAACAUUGUGGGCUGAAUAGCCUGUUCUUGUGCUGUACUGUUCUAUGUUCUAUGGGAUCAUUGACCAGCUGAAGGGCUGGACUGGGUGUUAUUACCGAGAAGCGAUGGAAGUAUCGGAACAAUAAAAUUAGCAAGAGGACAGCUUAAGAGCUGGCAACUUUAAAAGUGAAUAAAUUAUCAGGCCUGGAAUAAAACAGGCUCUUAAAAUAUUCUUUGGUCAGAAGAUGCCGACGUAGCUCAAAGAGGGAUUCAGGAGGAGAGCAAGUGGCUCCUGCCGGACUGGUGGGUAGACAAAGGUCUGAGGGAUGGCUUCAACCACAGUUUAGAGAGGCUCAUGUAAAUCGGGGAGAUCCAAGAUGCACUGACACAGGAUUAGUGUCCGAGCUUUGGAAGGUGUCAAAAGUUAUUCCUUUAGCCAAGAAAGGGAGUAGAGAUAAUCCUGGGAGUUAUAGACCAGUGAGUCUUACUUCAGGUGUGGGCAAAUUAUUAGAGAGGAUUCUUGGAGUCAGGAUUUAUGAGCAUUUUGAGAAGUGCAGUCUGAUUUGAGGUAAUCAACAUGGCUUUGGGAGGGACAGAUCAUGCCUCACAAGCCUGAUUGAAAUUUUUGAGGAAGUGACAAAACAUAUUGAUGAAGGCAGAUAUGUAGAUAUGGUAUGAAUGAAUUUUAGUAAGGCAUUUGACAAAAUUCUCCAUGGUAGGCUCAUUUAGAAAGUCAGGAAGCAUGGGAGCCAGGGAAAUUUGGCUGCAUGGGUUCAGAAUUGGCUUCCCACAGAAGGCAGAGGGUCAGUGGCUCGUGAGGUUCCACAGGAACCUCUUCGUGAUUCUUAUAAAUGACUUGGAUGAGGAAGUGGAAGGGUGGAUUAGUAAGUUUGCAGAUGACAUAGAAGUUGGUGGUGUUGUGGAUCAUGUAGAGAUUUGUCGUAAGUUACAACAGGACAUUGACAGGAUGCAGAGCUGGGCUGAGAAGUGGCAAGUGGAGUUCAAUCUGGAAAAGUGUGAAGUAAUUAAUUUUGGAAAUUCAAACUUGAAGGCAGGAUACUGGAUUAAUGGUGGGGUUCUUAGCAGCGUAUAGAAACAGAGGUAUCUUGGGGUCCAUGUCUUAGGAUCCCGUAAAGUUGCCAAGCAAGUUGAUUGCACGGUUAAGAAGGCGUAUGGUGUUUUGGCAUUCAUUUGUCGGGCGUUUGUGUUCAAGAACCGCAAGUAAUGUUGCAGUUCUAUAAUCUCUGGUUAGACCACACUUAGAGUAUUGAGUUAAUUUCUGGUCACCUCAUUAUAGGAAGGAUGUAGAAGCUUUAGAGAGGGUGCAGUGGAGAUUUUACAGGAUGAUGCCCGAUUAGAGAAUGUGUAUAAUGGGGAUAGUUUGAGCAAGCUAGGGCUUUUCUCUUUGAAGAGAAGGAAGAUGAGAGGAGACUUGAUAGAGAUGUACAAGAUGAUAAGGGGCAUCAUUUGAGAGGACAGCCAGAGACGAUUUCUCAGGGUGUAAAUCGCUAAUGCAGUGAAUCAUGAUGUUAGGGGUGAUGGUGGUAGAGGCAGAUAAAUUGUGGACAUUUAAGAAAUGGCUAAGUAUGUGGAUGACAGAAAAAUAGAGGGCUAUGUGGAAGGGAAGGGUUAGAUUGAACUUAGAGUAAGUUAAAAGGUUGACACAAUAUUGUGAGCCAAAGGGCCAGAAUUGUGCUGUAUGUUUGAUGUUCUAUGCAAGGUCAUGUCUGACCAACAGAAUUGAUGUCAGGCCAGCUCAGGCAGGCACCUUCCAGUCUCCAUCCAGCUAACAGGAGUCACCUGCCAUUCAUCACCUGCAGCCUAUUUAAACGCAGCUCUCACCCAUAGUCAUUGUUCACCCAUCGAACCAGCCAGUCUCGUCCAGUUGCUCCAAGCCUUCAGUUACCUUGUUGCCUGUUGUGUUAAGUAUCUGUUCUCUCUGGUUUUGUGACCCCUUGGAGUUUGUUAUUUUGCAGUUUAUUAUUAAAGUUAUCACUCACCGCUAAAUCCCCUCUGCUGCUCUGCAUUUGGGUCAAACCUGCUCUACAUUUCCUAGAUGUAGGGGAGUCUAGAACAAGAGGGCACGACUUCAGGAUUGAAGGAUGUCCUUUUAGAACUGAGAUGCAGAGAAAUUACUUUAGUCAGAGGCUGGUAAGUAUGUGGAAUUUGUUGCCACGAGUGGCUGUGGAGGCCAGGUCAUUGGGUGUAUUUAAGGCAGAGAUCAGUAGGUUCUUGAUUAGUCAGGGCAUCAAAGGGUAUGGGGUGAAGGCAGGGGGAGUGGGGAUGACUGGAAGAAUUGGAUCAGCCCAUGAUUGAAUGGCAGAGCAGACUCGAUGGGCCGAAUGGCUUCUGCUCCUAUAUCUUAUGGUUUUAUGACCACCAGAACCUCAUAUCCAUUCAACAGACCUACCAACGAAACCCACAUCAGGCUCAUUGUGCCCUCUUUUUUGAGCGAUUCAACUUCACCAUCUCAACUUGGAUUUUCAGAAGGCCUUUGACGAGGUGCCACACGUAAGGCUACUUAACAAGUUUACAGAAAAGAGACUGGCAUGGAUAAAGCAGUGGCUAAUUGAGUGGGAUUGAAGGGAGCCUUUUCUAGUUUGCUGCUGGUGAUUAAUGGUAUUCCACCGGGGUCUGUGUUGGGACCACUUCUUUUCAUGUUAUAUGUCAAUGACUUGAAUGAUGGAAUUGAUGGCGUUGUUUGCAGAUGAUACAAAGAUAGGUGGAGGGCCAGGUAGUUUUGAGGAAGUAGAGAGGCUGCAGAAGGACUUAUAGCUAUUAUUCUCCAUAUUAAAAAAAUCCCUGAACUUCGAUAGAUUCCAGCCUGUAACUCUCACUCAGGUAUCUGUUGCAUUUAAUUAGGUCCCUCAUGGUAGGCUAGUCCAGAGGAUUAGGGCACACAGGAUCGUACACAGGUGGGUUAGUAAUUUUUAGAAUUGCCUUGGCUUUGAGAGUGCCUGUGUUGAGCUUGAAGUGCAAUUUUUGAGGUCGUAGAGCUGAGGCUUUGAUUGUGAAAGUUAUGAUUGAUUGAGGUUUUUCCACUUUAGUCUUCACUCAUAUGCAUCAGAAUGAAGGUUAGGGCAGUGGUUUGCUCAGCCGGCAGGAUAUGGGAGAUCAGAGGGACUGCCUGUGACCCUGAAGACUACAUCUGUGGAAAGGAUGUCCAGUUGUAACUCUUUGUUAACUGUGUUAAGGAUCUGGAGGUGGAACUGAAUGUACUUAAGAUAAUCAGGGAUGCUGAGAGCAUCAUAGAUAAGAAUUUUAGUGAGGUGGUCACAACUGGAGUGCAGGCUGCAGGUAGUUGGGUGACCACAGGAAAGGCCAAGGAGGCAGGCAAAUCAUACAGGAUUCCCCUAUGGCCUUUCCCCUUGAA